CACGUGACCGCGCACGCGAUAUUGCCGCCGGAAGAGCGAGUUGGAUUUAUAUUUGCGUGUGCGCGUGGUUUAGUCACGCGUGGAGUGUGCAUGGUGUGUGCGUGGCGUGUGUGGCGUGUACUUGUCAGGGUGUGAUUGUAUGCCAGAGAGCAUGGUUAAGUAAUCCGUGGCUGAUUGUCAGGGAGUGCAUCUGUUGUGUUAACAAUGAAAGACCUGAGGCCUUAACCUCGAGGCGACGCCUCCUCUCACGGGCCUCGUCGCAGGAACGGCGACAUCAACGGAAUAAAGAUUGAUGGCCAUGGAUGCCUAUGAGUGCAGCAGAGCUGUGCAUCGCCACGUCUCACGGUUGCAGAGGGCUCCGCGGCCGUGCGCGUGGCUUUGCGGAGACUGCGACGCCAUCAGUGCCAACAGCUGCACCGCCUGUGGCAGCUGCGGAGCGUGCAUCCAUUCGCCCGGCCCGAGUGUUUCUGAAGCUUCCACGACCUUAUCCAGCUCAGCAGCUAAGGGUGCUCAUCUCCUCACGUUACUGGAGACGUUCAUGCAGAGUGAAAGCUCAGCUCGGAGUCAAUGUGGGGCCAAUACUGACGAUGUCAGUGUGAGUGGAGCUCGGCAAAAUGCCUCAAUCACUGAAGACGACUUCUUCGAUUCAAGUGAUGUUGCAUCUGAUCUUUACAUCACCUGGCAAUGCCUGAUAACAUCUCUCAGAAGAAACAAAAAAUUCAUGAUCAUCAAUAAGAGGCUGCGCGAGCAGCUGAAAGCCACCGCUCAUGCAGAGGGACCCGGGAGCGGCGAGGAAAGUCCCACCCAGCUCGACGACAGAAGACGUGCGGAGAUCUCUGAGUUGAGGUUGCUGGAGGUGCAAUACCAGCUGUGCCUGCGGGAAUACAACAGAGCUCUGUGCCCUGCUUCAGAUGCACUUAGAGAACAGAGGAACUCAGCGGAUCGGGAAUUUGUGCGCAUCGCAGCAACGGCACUGGAGCAGUUGAACUGCAAUUAUCAGAAGAUUCAGCGCUUCCUUGAGAACGGGGGCCACCUCGAUGCAACAGAGCCCCUCUCCUUCGCUCUGCAUUCUCUACGCUACUUGAUCAAGCCGUACUGUCCCUGGAAGGUGCUCUUUGGGACAGACCACUACUCUGACUCUUUCCCAGAAACACAACCUAAAGGAGAGGUCGUAGAGAUACUGGGCAGUAAUUACGCAGACAAAGCAGCGCCAGGGGUGCCGCAGCUGGGAAUCCAGCAGCCUGGUGCAAUGCCUCAGUGCGGCGCCAUCUCACGUGCUUCCAUUGCACUUGAGCAACCGAUUCAAUUGGUGUUUGAAACCAAGACCCAGGAACCAGUGUUUGGUCAAAACUGUUCCGCUGUGCAUAGCUCUCCGGGAGACCACGAGCUCGCGUCGCCGUCGAGCCACCGCUGUCUCGGAUUUCCCACCACCACGCCUACCUGGACUCAAUCGAGCUAUUUCAUGCUGGCGCGACCCAAGUCGGACACGGCGGUCCCACGGGAAACGAUCACCCGGAGCGAAACUCAACCUGAAGAUGCCCGUGCUGUCGCUGUCACUGCCGCUGUCACUGCCGCUGUUGCUGCCGUGGAUUCAAAGCCCAAUUCGGCAGAAUGGGCCGCUGCAGCUACUUGCAGUGGUGGUCCGCCAGACAAACCAGAAGACCAGGGGAACAACAGUGGUGGGAUUCUGAAGCAGAGGCUCGGUGUGCAGCAGGAACAUGGAGAAGUGGACAUCGCAGACACAAACACGGGUGAGAGCGGAGGGCCUGUUCCGGCCCCGGGAGCGGCCGCACUUCCUCCGGACCCCACCGCCAGCCCUGCAGCCACUGGCGCCGGCGUGAGCGACGGCGUGAGGCGGCUGCUGAUGUUGCUACACCAGCAGCAUCCCCACCACACCAGUGCAGAGAUCAUUGAGGCUCUGAAGAAAGUCCAGGUUGCAUACGGAAGUCACUUCAGCAGCCAGUCCAUCCGCUCCAUCGUGGAAUUCGUGUCCUUCGCCCUGUCCAGCCAGAGGCCAUAG